AGUGUGAAGUUCUACGCAACAUUCGUCACAGAAAUCUCACAAAGGUUCUUGGCAGUUGCUCCAACUUGGAUUUUAAAGCUUUGGUGCUAGAGUAUAUGCCCAACGAGUGUCUACAUAAGUGGUUAUAUUCUCACAACUAUUUCUUGGAUAUGAUGCAACACGAGUGAGUAUAAUGAUAGAUGUAGCAUCUGCUUUGGAAUAUCUUCACUGUGGUUACUCCAAGUUUAUUGUCCAUUGUGACUUGGAACCUAGUAAUGUGUUAAUAGAUGCUGAUAUGGUGGGACAUCUGAGUGACUUUGGUAUAGCAAAGUUUUUAGGAGAUAGGAACUCCAUUGCCAUCACAAGCACCUUAGCAACAAUUGGUUACAUUGCUCCAGAGUAUGGACAGGAAGGUCUUGUGUCCACCCGUAGCGAUAUGUAAAGUUAUGGUAUCAUGUUGCUUGAAGUUUUCACAAGGACACGACCUGAACAUGAUAUGUUUAGUGAAGAUUUAAGUCUAGAAGUUGGGUGUACCAUGCACUUCCUACAGACAUUGGUCAGAUUGUAGAUCCAAACUUAUUUGGACCAAACGAAGAAAAGUACGAUGAG